UUAAAGUCUUCCCUUGGUGUAUGUUUUCUUCUUCAACGUAUAGUAACAAUGGAGAAGAAACAUGGUUCAUUAUCCACGAAUUUCCAUUAUGUUUUUUCUCUUCUUAUUAUCAUGGUAACAUUUUUGGGAUUUGGGGAUGGGUUGAGCAAAAUUGAUCAAGGCCGGGGAUUACUGUCCUUACGCCGUGCUAAAAUGCACGCUCAGCCGAUCUCCGUCAAUAGCGAGCCAUGGGCAGAAGCGAGCACAGUGACUGAAGAAGAAAUGGUGUCGUCAUUUUCCGAGGUGGGAAGCAUGGAGGAUGAUCUCAUCGCCGGCGGGCUUCCGGGACAGCCGUCAAAUGUGAAGUUCAAGCAGUACGCAGGGUAUGUGGGUGUGGAUAAGAUGAAUGGGAGAAGCCUUUUCUAUUACUUUGCUGAAUCUGCUGAGAAUUCUGCCACUAAACCUCUCAUUCUAUGGCUUAAUGGAGGUCCUGGGUGUUCAUCACUUGGAAUGGGUGCUUUUGUAGAGAUUGGACCUUUCGGCGUUAACCCAGACGCCAAAACUCUUUACUCAAGAAGAUUUGCAUGGAAUAGAGUUGCAAAUACAUUAUUUCUGGAGUCACCGGCCGGCGUUGGUUUCUCUUAUUCCAACACUUCCUCGGAUUAUGAUAAGUCAGGAGACAGGAGGACCGCUGAGGAUGCUUACAAGUUCUUGGUAAAUUGGUUCAAGAGAUUCCCACAUUACAAGACUAGGGAUUUCUACAUUAUGGGAGAAAGCUAUGCAGGGUAUUACAUCCCCGAGCUAGCUGAUAUAGUUGUCAAGAGGAAUACGAUGCCCGGGGCAACGUUAAAGAUCCAACUCAAGGGAGUUAUGAUAGGUAAUGGGAUAAUGAAUGAUGCCACGGACAUUAGAGGACGCUAUGACUAUUUCUGGAGCCACGCCCUAAUUUCAGACGAAACUCACCGGGGGCUGGUGGAGCAGUGUCUGGGGAAUGUGAGCAAAACAUGUGAACAUUUUGAAAUAGCAGCAGGGGGUGAGGUUGGAGGAAUAGAUUAUUACAACAUCUAUGGCCCUUUGUGUUUGGAUUCCAAGAAUUCGAGGAAGGUACAUCGGAAUCUGGAAUUCGAUCCUUGUGAAGGAAACUAUGUUCACACUUAUCUCAAUCUCCAUAUGGUUCAAGAGGCCUUGCAUGCCAACAGGACCAAGCUUCCUUACACUUGGGAACUCUGCAGUGAUAUCAUCCCAACUUGGAAAGACAGCCCAUCAACCAUGUACCCAAUAUACAGGAGGUUAAUAACAUCUGGCCUCCAAAUACUUCUGUUUAGCGGCGAUGUUGAUUCAGUAGUGUCAGUGACUGCCACCCGCUAUUCCCUGAAAGCUAUGAACUUGAAAGUGAUCGAAUCUUGGCAUCCAUGGAAAGACAACACCAAAGAAGUGGUUGGAUACAAAGUGGUGUACGAGGGUUUAACUUUCGCCACGGUCAGAGGUGCUGGCCAUGAAGUUCCACAGUUUAAACCGCGCAGAGCUUUCGCCUUGCUGGAGAUGUUCCUAGCCAACAAUCACCAUUAGAAUUGGAAAUUGGAAUCAAUGCAAUAUUUCCUCUCAUUUUCUAGUGAUAAUAAGAUAGUUUAGCAGUUUGUAAUGCAGUAUUGCAGACAGAUAUUCCGGCUUAAUUUCCACUUGUUUUGUCACAAAUUCUAGUACCCUUAUUUCAGAACAUCAAUUGAAAACAAUAACACAAUCAUAGUCAAGCAA